AGAGGGGGGUGUAAACUUGAAGAAGUCGGGCGGUUGGGUUUUUAUUGGGUCAGACUCUCCCCCCGGCCCGCGGCGCAGCCAACAUGCCCGAGCAGAGCAACGACUACAGGGUGGUCGUGUUCGGGGCUGCGGGGGUCGGCAAGAGCUCCCUGGUCCUGCGUUUCGUGAGGGGCACUUUCAGGGAAACCUACAUCCCCACGAUCGAAGACACGUACCGGCAGGUGAUCAGCUGUGACAAGAGCAUCUGCACCCUCCAGAUCACAGACACCACGGGGAGCCACCAGUUCCCGGCCAUGCAGAGGCUGUCCAUCUCCAAAGGGCACGCUUUCAUCCUGGUGUACUCGGUCACCAGCAGGCAGUCCAUGGAAGAUCUCCAGCCCAUCUUCGAGCAGAUCUGCCAGAUCAAAGGGGACGUCCAGAAAAUCCCCAUCAUGUUGGUGGGUAACAAGAGUGAUGAGACCCAGAGGGAGCUGGAUGCCAGCGAGGGGCAGGCGCUCGCCAGCCGCUGGAACUGCUCCUUUAUGGAGACAUCAGCCAAAAUGAACUACAACGUGCAGGAGCUCUUCCAGGAGCUCUUGAAUCUGGAGAAGAGGAGGACUGUCAGUCUCCAGGUGGACGGCAAGAAAUCCAAGCAGCAGAAGAAGAAGGACAAACUGCAAGGCAAGUGCUCUGUGAUGUGA